UCCAUUCCUACCAUUUUGAGAGCUGCCUGUUACCUCUUUCCUUCCGUUUCUUUCUCGUCGGAGAUACAGAGAGAAACAGAGAGACAGAAAUUCCUUUUGUGUGGUUCUCCUGGUGCCAGUGAAGAGAGUCGAGCAGCUUUCCUACAAAAGGAUGGCCAACUAUGCGAAAUCAUAGUCGAAGAUGUUGAUGAAAUGACACUAUGGACUCAGUUGGAACAGGAGGAAAAGAAGAAAGAGGAGAAAAAGGAGAAACCAGUAAAGAAAAAAAGUGUGCCUCCUCCACCGAAACCCAAGCCGCCCACCGACUCGGAACAGGCUGCCACCCGGAUCCAGGCCUGGUGGCGGGGCACGCUGGUGCGCCGGGCCCUGCUGCACGCGGCCCUCAGAGCGUGGAUCAUCCAGUGCUGGUGGAGGCAGGUCCUGGUGAGGCUGCUGGAGCGGAGGCGGCAGGCGGCGCUGGACUGCUACGUGAGACAGAAAUGGGCCGCCAUCAGGCUGCAGUCCUGGUUCCGCAUGUGGCGCCUCCGCCAGCGGUACUGCCGUCUGCUCCAUGCCGCCCGCAUCAUCCAGGGCUACUGGCGCUGGCAUAACUGCCACACCCGGGGCUUUUUCCAGGGCAACUACCAGCUCACAGCAUGUCAGCUAAGACUCCAGCUAGACAUCUUUUUGGGAUCGCAGGUUUGUCGCGUCACCGACUGCAUCCCCUUCCCAAUAAAGAACUGACCAGGUCU